AUUUGUAAAUGCGUUUGGCGGACUGUGGGGUGUUGUACUGCCGUUUUUUUACCAGCAGUGGACAGCAGCAAGCAGCAACAGUCUCUCCAGAGGUGGAUGUGGAUGAGUGUGGGAUUGAAUCAGGGCGAACUGGGCUGCCACUGUCAUAGAGAACAGCACAGAACUAAUACAAUAGCGAAACAUGGCUACUGAGACGAUAUCAGCCUGCACCGGAUCCAACUUGCUACAGCCAAUAAGCGAGAUAACCAACCUUCCGUUAGAUCAGGUGAACUUUGUAGUAUGUCAGCUCUGUGCCCUGCUCACGGCCGUGUGGUUCAGGCUCUAUCUGCACCCCAGCAAGACCAGUCCUUUUGUGCGGCAUGUGGUGGCCACACUGCUGGGCAUCUACUUUGCCCUCUUCUGCUUUGGCUGGUAUGCUCUUCAUUUCCUGCUCCAGAGUGGCAUUACUUAUGGAAUAAUGAUUCUGACCGGAGUCGAGCACAUGCACAAAUACUGUUUGGUGGUCGCCCUGGGUUAUCUAAGCUUCUGCCAAAUUACCCGGGUUUAUGUCUUUGAUUACGGAAUGUACUCUGCAGAUUUCACGGGGCCGAUGAUGGUCAUCACACAGAAGAUAACCAGUGUGGCUUUUGAGAUCCAUGAUGGAAUGGCAAGGAAAGAAGAUCAACUAAACCAAAGUCAAAAACUGUUGGCCAUAAGACGAAUGCCCAGUUUAUUGGAGUACUUCAGUUACAACUGUAAUUUCAUGGGGAUUUUGGCUGGUCCCACCUGCUCUUAUAACGAUUACAUAGCCUUCAUCGAGGGCACCCCCUAUCGCCACAGAGACCUUGAGACCAAAGGAAAAGUCAAUGUGAAGAGCAGACUGAACGACCCUUCACCAAAUACAGAGGUCAUCCGGAAACUGGCCACCUGCUUCAUCUCUCUGCUGGUCUUUCUCUCCGUCUGCAAAGUCUGUCCUGUGGAGCGUAACGUUGAUGAUGAUUUUAUUGCCACCACGCCCUUCUAUGCUCAGGUGGUCUACCUGUAUUUGUCCAUGCUGACCACCCGGCCUAAAUACUACUUUGUUUGGACUUUGGCUGAUGCCAUCAAUAACGCAGCAGGAUUUGGAUUUAAUGGCUACGACAGUAAUGGUUUGCCUCGAUGGGUCCUGGAUAACUGGAACAUUCAAACAGCACACUGGCUUAAAAGGGUGUGUUAUGAACGUUGUCCCUACAACCCCACUGCUGCAACCUUCCUGCUGUCAGCCAUGUGGCACGGGGCUUACCCAGGCUAUUACCUCACCUUCCUCACUGGCAUCGUCAUCACUCUUGCAGCCAGAGCUGUGAGACACAAUGUAAGACCGUACUUCUUGGGUUCUCCAGCUCUCAAGUUUGUGUAUGAUGUCAUCACAUGGGCGGCUACACAGAUUGCCAUUUGUUACACAGUGGUUCCCUUCGUUCUGCUUUCUGUGGGUCCCUCGCUCAAGUUCUACAGGUCAUGGUACUUCUGCAUCCACAUAGGCUGUAUACUGCUGGCCAUCGCGUUGCCUGUGAAACCACGCCAUCUGCGGCUGAAAGAGCAACAGCCUACUGUACAGCCAAGUCUGGAGAGCACAGACAGCAACAGCAACCAGAAACAAAAAGCCACAUGAGUCCCGGAACACCUUACCAAUCUUAUAUACACACACAGACUGGGCAAAUGUACCUAUUCUCCAGCCACACAUGAAGAGAGUCAGAUAAACUGAAGCUCACAAAUAAACCAACCAACCAGCCUCUGUCUGGACUGAUAGAGUAAGUCAUCCCUUGGCUCAGUAUAGUGGUACUGGGAUUGGACAGUGAUUUGAGAUGAUGGAAUCAAAUCUGACUGGUAUAAGAGGAGUUUUAUUGCCAAGAAAACACUGUUGUAUAGAAUUAUGUGACCUUGCCUUUGUAAUUCAACUUGUCACAGCAAGUAUUAGUGUCCUAAUCUGGUGGUCUUGCAUUGGGCUUGUAAAUAGGAUUUUCUUGCAAGGGACAAGGCCAAUACCACUUGCAGAAAGCUGGCAACAUUAUAUUUGAAAGCAAAGAUUUUUAAUGUGGUAGGGGUAAAAAUAAAUAUGACUAACUAAACUAAAAUCUAAUAAA